AUGUCAACAAAGCGGAGUUACUACUCCGACAAAUAUGACGAGGACGAAUUCGAGUUUAGGCAUGUGAUGCUGCCGAAGAUGCACCUCAUGUCGGAGACGGAGUGGCGCAACCUGGAAGUCCAUGUAGCCACAGUGUACUGGAACUCAUCCUCCAAGACUGUGGAGCUGAAAGAUGAUGUGAUGGACAGGUCUGGGGGGGCCUACGGGCUCCUAAACGACACCCUGUCUGACACGGGUUGGGUGGUGCUGGACCUCCAGGCUGGGUAUGGGGAGACCCCCCAAGAGGAUGAGGUCACCUACUACCUGGCAGGGUACCUUGAGGGCUUCCUCACUGCCCGGCAAAUGCACAAUCAUUUUGGCAAUCUGUAUCCCCAGCUGAUAAAGGACCCAAGGGUGUUAAAGCGAGUGAAAGAAUUUAUGAGUGAGCAGGACACCUGGACAAGGAGGCAGGUUGAGCUCAAUAAGAACAGCGAUCCCUUCUGGCGACAUGCCGGUCUGCUUGUGGCUCAGUUGGAUGGGCUGCAUGCUGGACUGGCACAUUGGGCCAAGAGGCUUCACAGCAAGCCUCUUUCGAUGUUUGCAGUGCAGUUCCUAAGUGGGGUGGGGGACCUUCUGGACCUCAUGCCAGCAUUGAGGCCCCAAACCAACAAGUCCACAUCUAGCUUUAGAGCACCAAGCAUGGGCCACUGCUCUGCACUCAUCAAGAUGUUGCCUGGCUAUGAGAACAUCCUGCUGGCCCACUCCACCUGGUACACUUACACCGCCACCCUGCGCAUAUACAAGCACUGGGACAUCGGGGUGGCCGAGCCCCACACUGCCAUGGGAAGGAUGUCCUUCAGCAGCUACCCUGGCUUGCUUGCAUCCCUGGAUGAUUUCUACAUCCUUGGCAGCAAACUUCUGAUGACCCAGACCACCAACAAUGUUUACAAUGCCUCGCUCUUCUCUCAUGUGACGCCCCACAGCCUGCUGGCUUGGCAGAGGGUGCGGCUGGCACAUGCCCUAGCGCACAGUGGGGAGGAGUGGGCCCAAGUUUUCUCCAGGCACAACUCUGGCACAUACAACAGCCAGUACAUGGUGGUGGAUCUAAGCAAGGUGUUUCUGGGCAGCAGGAUCGAAGAUGGGGCGCUGACUGUCGUGGAACAGAUUCCUGGGCUUGUGAUGUACUCGGACCAGACGCAAGCCUUGCGCAGAGGUUACUGGCCAUCCUACAAUGUGCCAUUUCACCCAGAGAUCUACAGUCUGAGCGGCUAUGGCCCCAUGUGGCAGAAGCAUGGAGAGGACUUCUCCUACGACCUUUGUCCACGUGCCAAGAUCUUCCGCAGGGAUCAGGGAGGGGUGACCGACCUAGCAUCUAUGAAGCGCAUGUUGCGAUACAAUAAUUUCAAGAAGGACCCUUAUGCUAAGGGAAAUCCAUGUAAGACCAUAUGCUGCCGCAAUGACCUGAGGAACAAGCGACCGCAACCCGGAGGCUGUUACGAUACCAAAGUUACAGACUUCCACAUGGCACAGCAACUCGCAUCCGAGGCAGUUAAUGGGCCAACGACACAGGGUGGGCUGCCAGCCUUCUCCUGGAGCCGGUUCAGUCGCACAGCACACCGAGGACUGCCCGAGACCUACAACUUCACCUUUGUAACAAUGCGACCCUCAAUCUCUUUCCCGUGAAAAAGAAAGGAGGAGGAAAGCAUCAGAAAGGGAGCAAUCGGACAGUUUGGUGGUGGGACCGAAAGGUUUUUACGAAGCGCUUAUGAGGGGAGUUGAAAUACGCUUAAAUUAAAGAAUGAGAAAUAGUAUUGGAAUAAUGGUAAUGUGAUCAUAAACUCAACUGCGCCGAUGGGGUUUGUAUUUGUGUCAAUACAAUUUCCAAGCAUUGGGGAUAUUUUGAAGGAGGGGCUGUAAACUGAGAAAGAGACAUCCCCAGUACAGCUUGAAAAUGAAAACACAGAAAUGUUUUGUGCAAAUAAUCACCUUCUGUUACCCACUAUUUGCAUAUUUUUUCUUUCAUCCAGCACUCAUCUUAUGUUGUAACUAGUCCCUGUUAGCUGAAUAAAAAGAAGCUAAUCCCAACUGAGAAUUUGCCUGCUGAAUGUAUUUACUAGUACAAGCAGGUUACUUUGUGUAGUGU